UCGUGGAUGUCAUUUUCUCUCUUCUUGGGGGUGGCCAAAAAGCGACCGGUGUCGGGGACCAGAGGCGGCCCCGCACGCCCCCGCAUGUGCGUCCACGGGCGUCUGUGCAGACGGACAUCGCACCGGGGCGAGCUGACAGGAGUUCACGGCUGCGAUAGAACAUGGAGAUGUCAUGGGCGCGACAGAGCCUGGCGGGGAUACCAGCAGCGUGUGUGUGUGGACGGCAACGUUGUCUGUGCGCGUGUGUGAUGAGUUCCACCCGUUCAUCGAGGCACUGCUGCCUCACGUCCGCGCUUUCUCCUACACCUGGUUCAACCUGCAGGCGCGGAAGCGCAAGUACUUCAAGAAGCACGAGAAGCGGAUGUCAAAGGACGAGGAGCGGGCGGUGAAGGAUGGGCUCCUGGCCAAGCUGCGCAAAGACAUCCGGCCCGAGUUCCGCGAGGACUUUGUGCUGACCAUCACGGGCAAGAAGCCCCCCUGCUGUGUGCUCUCGAACCCCGACCAGAAGGGCAAGAUCCGGCGGAUUGACUGCCUGCGCCAGGCUGACAAGGUGUGGCGGCUGGACCUGGUCAUGGUGAUUUUGUUUAAGGGGAUCCCCCUGGAAAGUACUGAUGGGGAGCGGCUCUACAAGUCGCCUCAGUGCUCGAACCCCGGCCUGUGCGUCCAGCCACAUCACAUUGGAGUCACAAUCAAAGAACUGGAUCUUUAUCUGGCUUACUUUGUCCACACUCCGGAAUCCGGACAAUCAGAUAGUUCAAACCAGCAAGGAGAUGCGGACAUCAAACCACUGCCCAACGGGCACUUAAGUUUCCAGGACUGUUUUGUGACAUCCGGGGUCUGGAAUGUGACGGAGCUGGUGAGAGUAUCGCAGACUCCUGUUGCGACAGCAUCAGGGCCCAACUUCUCGCUGGCGGACCUGGAGAGUCCCAGCUACUACAACAUCAACCAGGUGACCCUGGGACGGCGGUCCAUCACCUCCCCUCCUUCCACCAGCACCACCAAGCGCCCCAAGUCCAUCGAUGACAGCGAGAUGGAGAGCCCCGUCGAUGAUGUGUUCUAUCCUGGGACAGGCCGUUCCCCAGCAGCUGGUAGCAGCCAGUCCAGCGGGUGGCCCAAUGAUGUGGAUGCAGGCCCGGCUUCUCUAAAGAAGUCAGGAAAGCUGGACUUCUGCAGUGCCCUCUCCUCUCAGGGCAGCUCCCCGCGCAUGGCUUUCACCCACCACCCGCUGCCUGUGCUUGCUGGAGUCAGACCAGGGAGUCCCCGGGCCACAGCGUCAGCCCUGCACUUCCCCUCCACGUCUAUCAUCCAGCAGUCGAGCCCGUAUUUCACGCACCCAACCAUCCGCUACCACCACCACCACGGGCAGGACUCACUGAAGGAGUUUGUGCAGUUUGUGUGCUCGGAUGGCUCGGGCCAGGCCACCGGACAGCCCAACGGUAGCGGCCAGGGCAAAGUCCCGGGGUCAUUUUUGCUACCGCCGCCGCCUCCAGUGGCCAGACCUGUGCCCCUUCCUAUGCCUGAUUCCAAAUCCACCAGCACUGCCCCAGACGGCGCCGCCUUGACUCCUCCAUCACCUUCAUUCGCAACGACAGGCGCCUCCUCUGCCAACCGGUUUGUCAGCAUCGGACCCCGGGACGGCAACUUUCUGAACAUCCCACAGCAGUCUCAGUCCUGGUUCCUCUGAUAAGAUCGACAAAAGAAACAACAAAAUGAAAAGAAGAGGUUCCUUGAAAGGGGGGAGAAGAAAUUUUGAGACAUGGAAAAAUCCCCCAGCCCAGCCCAGCCCCACUGAAAAGCAAAAAUUAGACCGUCGUCAGCCACUCAGCCCUUCUCUCCUCCAGCCCGGGGACCCCUGCGGGCCCCAGAAGCAGCCCAGUUCUCGGAGAGCCCCUGGAAGGGGUCUCAGUGGAGCUGUGCACCAGCAGCCAAGCAGAAAGAAACAUGCGACACGGACUCUGUCAAGUAGAGGACAGAAAGCAAGAAAGGAUGCAGAACUGCCUUCCUCCCUCCACCCUGCCCCGGCCUUCUGGGGAAGGAACAAAGUCCCCAAACAAAGCAACCAGCACAGUUCUGAAAGGGCCUGGCCUCCACCCUCACCCCUUCCUAGGGGAACCCCACCCUCCACAUGGCAGGAGCUGCCCUAGGGAGCCCGGAGGACCAGCUUGUAAAGAUGAUGGGAUGUAGAUCCCAUGGGCUCUCUCCUCCAGACUCCUCCCCUCCCUCCCUCCCUCCCUGCCAAGGCUCCAGCUUCUUCCCCCAGCUGCUCCGGACUGGGAGAGGGAGAGCAGCCUCCACUUACCCCAGCCCACCCUCGGGCUAAAAGCCUCCAGGCGGGCAGGGGGGUGGCCCCUGGAGCUAGUUGCGCGUCCCAGAAUGGAGGGUGUUCUGCCACCCUACCCUGAGCCGCAAGAGCAGUUCCUGGGGCUCUGGACCCCUCUGUACAGUCUGUAGGAAAAAUCGGAAUGCUCUCGAUGGCUUCGUCCCAGCCCGGGACAAGCCCCCUCUCCCCUUCCUCUGCAGGUCAGGAGGGCCUCCUUCCAGCCACAAGGGAGGGGAGUCAGGCCCCAGGUCACCCCCACCCCCAGCCCUGCAUGCAGGUGCCCUCGCUCCGCCCCAUAAGUCCCUGCCCCUGCCUCUCACGCAGACUGCCCUGCUGGGGCCGGGCCGGAGGGUGGAGCAGAAAGGGGACCCCGGAGCCGAGCAAGGAGGACCAGGCAGUCGCCGCUGCCGCUGCUAAGUCACCACCUGCGCUUAGGUAGGCGUCCUGCUCGCCGACUUUGAGUUCCUUGGGAGGGUGUUGGGUGUCGUCCUUUUCAAAAGUGUUUUGGAGCUUUCUGUGCCCCCCACUUUCCCCCUGCCCUCCCGUGGCCACUUCUCUCUGGAUUUUAACUGUUAAUGUCUUUACUCUUUAUUUAGGGGUGGGGCAUUUGUUGUUUGGGUCUUUUGCUGUUGGAAUUGGGAACUCCUCCUCCAUUUGAGCAACUUGGGAACAAUUUGGUAACACACCACAGGAAGUAGCUCUCCCCCCCAGCCCCCUCCUCCCUCUAGGGAGGGUUGGGGGGCCUGUCCAGAGGGUCUUCAGAAGGCCCCUGGGAGGGAGGGGAGGACGAGCACGCCCAGCUCCCCUCCAGGGUGUGACUUGGCCCCUCUGGCUUGUCUUUCUGUGCCUUACUCCUCCUGCGUCUCCCAUCCCUGGCCCCUUCUCGAGUCCUUGUGCCUCUCUCUUUCUCUCUUUUUCUUAAUUGUAUGAAAACACAAAGCACAGGUCAGGAUCCUCUGAAAGAAAAUCAAUCCAACAUUGCACCACAUAGGGGUGGGUUAUGGGCUGUAUUUAUUGUGAAUCUAGUUUGUGAAGCUGUGGCCCCGAGCAGGCGGAGGGAGGGAAGAGAGGAGGGAGUGUCUGGGGAGGGAAGGAGGCCAGCCACCUGGGGCCGAAGGGGCGAAGGGGCGGGCGGGUGGUGCCCGCUACCGAGCUGGAAGCCACAAGGUGGCUGGCCCCUGGAGUGGCUUUUGUCGGAAGUUAAAUGAAGCCCUCCCCCUAUCCUCAGCGUGCAGCCCUAGAGAACCCGAGGGCUGAGGGGCAGUGGAUCCUGCGGGAGUCUCCCGGGGCAUGGGAAUAAGGCCCCGGGGGUGGGGGGCCGGGUGGGCCGGGCAUGACGCGCGGUCAAAGUGCAAUGAUUUUUCAGUUCGGUUGACUACAGGGUCAGAGCUGAGAAGCGGAAGGGGCUCCCUGUCCAGCCACACAUGCCCUUUCCCUCGAGGACAGUCGGGGCCUUGGGCGCUGUGGGCCUGCGGGAGCCAGGGUCUGCGGGGUGCCUGCCCGGGCAAGGUCGGAAGCUGCAGGCCAGCUGGGCCCGGGCCGGAGCGUGCCUGGCGGGGCUGCCCGGCGGGCAGGGGGUGGGGGCUGCUCCUUUCCCAAGUGUUGUUGUGAGGGGCAAUGAGGGCGACAGAUGUGGGGACAUGUUAGGAGAGGGAAAAAAACACAAAAAUAUAUAUGGGGGAAAUGAACUUUUUUUUUCAUUGAAUCAAGUGCAAUGCAUCAGAGAGUUUUCCUAUCUUUGUAUGUUAAGAGAUU